AUUGUUCUCUUUCCCUGGGCUAACCAUAACGCAAAUCCAAGUUAGCUUGGUCCAGUAAGUCCAGGAUCAUUGAGCAGGAAGGGCAGCAGAGUGAAAGUGCUCCAAACAGUAGCCAAUCCCAGAGCAGGGUCCGUGAAGAUGACGUCGAUCUUUUUAGUCGCAGCGGCGCGUCCAUGUUUGGAGUCACUUUAAGUGAAGCAGUGAGUGAGCAGUGCCUCUGAGCCCCUGUGGGACACUGGAGAGGGUUGGAACUGCACCUGCUCGGGGUUCACAAGCUGAACACUUGGAAUAAUACUGCGUCUAGUAUAGAGAAUUGGUCACAAGUACAAGUAGCGCGUCGGGACAGACAGUAGUCGAAAAAGUGAGGAAAGAUGAACAUGCACUGAUACUCCGUGCGCACAGAGUCAGUGUCUCCGCUCUCCAAACUCCAAACCAAACCACACUUAGAAAACAAACAGAGACCGACAUGAACCUUUCUGCUGCCAUAACAAAAACACUUCGCUCGAGGCUUUUGCUCAGGACAUCUCACUCGACAUUGUAGAAUAGAAACUAGGAAUGUCCUUUACGCACGGGUGCCUGCACUUCCCACUGGAUCGGUUUGGUUUCUAACAUCCGCGGACGUGAUUGUGUUUGUUUGUGGUUGUGUCCCAAUACGAUAUCAAGAUCAGAUCGGAGUGUCACAUUUGGAUGUACAGCUGCGCAAUGUGUGGCCACUGUUUCUGGUGCGGUGCGCAAUCGGCGCGCAGAGGAUUUAUCUGGGAAGCCCGCAGGUUUUAACAAAGUUGCUCUGCUGUUGAAAAAGGACUCAAAUAAAAACCACGAUGACAUUCUUAACUUUUUGGAUAUUGUUUCCUCUUCUGGACGUCCUCCACGUGUCGUUAGGAGCUGAGCUGGUGCAGACUCGGGCGUCCCGGCUGGAUUGUGUCCGGGCUCAUGAGCAGUGUCUUGGCCGGUAUGGCUGCAGCUCUGCUUUCCGCACAAUGAGGCAGUGUUUGGCGGGUACAGGGGGCAACUUCAGCGCACUAAGCGAGCCCGAGGCACAGGAUGAGUGCAGGAAUGCCAUGGAGUCCAUGAGACAGAGCUCUCUGUAUAACUGCAAAUGUAAGAGAGGAAUGAAGAAAGAGAAGAAGUGCCUGCGCAUCUUUUGGAGCGUCUAUCACAGUUUACAGGGCAAUGAUUUGCUGGAGGACUCUCCAUACGAGCCAGUGAACAGCCGUCUGUCUGACAUAUUCCGCCUGGCUCCCAUCAUAUCAGGUGAGGCAGCUUUUAGCAAGGACAACAACUGUCUAAAUGCAGCAAAGGCCUGCAACUUGAACGACACAUGUAAGAAAUACCGCUCGGCUUACAUCAGCCCAUGCACCAGUAGGGUUUCCACCACUGAGGUGUGCAACAAGCGCAAGUGUCACAAAGCCCUGCGCCAGUUUUUCGACAAGGUGCCGGCCAAGCACAGCUAUGGUAUGCUGUUUUGUUCGUGUCCAUCUGGAGAACACUCAGCGUGCUCAGAGCGCAGACGCCAAACCAUCGUGCCAGCAUGUUCCUAUGAGGACAAGGACAAGCCCAAUUGUCUGUCCCUGCAAGCCUCCUGCAAGACCAACUACAUUUGCAGGUCUCGUCUGGCUGAUUUCUUUACCAACUGCCAGCCAGAGGCUCGUUCGAUAUCCGGCUGCCUAAAGGAGAGCUAUGCUGAUUGUCUACUGGCUUACUCUGGUCUUAUAGGGACAGUGAUGACGCCGAAUUACCUGCGCUCAAGCAUCAGUGUGUCUCCCUGGUGUGACUGCACCAAUACCGGCAACAGCAAACCAGAAUGUGACAAGUUCUCCGAAUUCUUCACUAAUAACCGCUGUCUCCGUAAUGCUAUCCAGGCAUUUGGGAAUGGUACAGAUGUUGGUGUGUGGCAGCCUCAACCUCCUAUCCAACCAACUGGCGAUUCCAGCACUCCUCAUAGAGGACAGGAGAGGACAAUUAAUAGAUUGGAUGACCCAACAUUUACAAAUGAUAUGGACCCCAGCAAUGGUCACCACCUCUACAGCUUCUGUGGAAACCUCCAGGCACAGAAGCUAAAGGUGAAUGUCACAUUGGAUGUUGUGUGUGUGGACCCUCCUCUGGCUGACCCGAGUAGCUUCAACGCUAUAUCAGGAAGCUCAUCCAGCCUCGUCCACUCAAUCGCCGUCCUCUUUGUUCUCCAGCUGCUGAAUUUGUAGCCGCAGUCUCCGUUCCUGGCUGCUUCUGUAAAAUACUCAAACACAACUGAUGCCGUACCAAGUGUGAUGUCUAGAUGUGCUAAAGCCAAUUUCCUUCUUUGAUUCCUGAUGGAUAAAAAACGAAGACAGUGUCACUGACGUGGAAAUUGAAAAGGCCACUGAUCAAAAAUAAAUAAAAAGUGAACACUUUGUCACUGUUUGCUUUUAAUGUAGUAACUUGUAUUGGAAAUUAUCAUUUGUUUUGAAGGUUUAUCCAUCUGUGGUGUUGAAACGGAGUUGCAGAGAAAAAUCAGGAUCAUUUAAUGCAUUAAGAUGGACCCCCUACUGCAGCAAGUCCCUUUUGGCUAAUGGAAAAAGACUGAACAAUUUACAUAUGUAAAUUUUCCUAGAGACAAGCUAAACUCUUGCACUCAGCUGUCCAUGCUACAGCCAAAAUCCCACAUCUCUGAGAAAAGCAUCUGCCUUCUAAUCCAGCCCAUUAGCUCUUUCAACAGUCAUGGUUUCCCCUGUGUGUCUCCAGCAUGGCCCUGAUACAGACUGAGCCUUAGGGCAAAAGCAUGAGAAGACAAAAAAAAUAAAUAAAUUUCCGGACUCUUUUACAUACACAGGAAUUUUUUUUUCUGCUUUAUGUUUCACAAGUAAGACUUUAAAAGCUGAAUGUUCAGCAUCAAUUGCAUUUUUUUUGGUGGAGAAAUAUUUAUUUCCUUUGCUUUUGUAAUGUCACAAAUGUUUAGCCUUGUAAUUUUUCCAAACAGGAAUUUUGCAGAUUUAUGCCACAUGACCACUGCUGGGUAAAAAUAUCACCUGAUGUGUUUUUAGCUGUGUACAUUCAUGUUAAAUGGGAAGCGAAAAAGAGACAUAGAUUUGAACAUUAAAAGCCGUAGUCAUGAAUUUGAUAGUAUUGUACAUGCUAGGACGCUUUUGUGCUCACAACAGGUAUAAAGACUGUUUACUCUAAUUGAUCUAGCCUUUCUGUUAGCUGGAACCAGCCUGGCCAUGCUAGUCUGCUCCCUCAUCAACAACUGGUUGUGGGUUUUUUUUUCCUGUUGUAUUUCCCAGCAUUCUGUGCAAAAUAUAGACAUUAUUAUCUGUGAAAAUCCCAGGAGAUCAGUUUCAGAGAUGCUCAACCAACCAUGCGACAGUCACUGAGAUCAGUUUUUUCCACAUUCUGACAUUUGAUGUAAACAUUAAAAUAAAGCUUUUGACCUGGAUAUUUUAUACAUUGCACUGUUGCCACUUAAUUGGCCAAUCAGAUUUACUGUAUGCAUGAAUGUGCAGGUGUUCCUAAUUAACUGGAUGGUGAGUAUUUCAAUGCUGUGUAUUAUUCAAUAGUGUAUAACUAAUGCUUUCAUUAAUAAUUUGAUUCUUUUUAACACUCAAAAAUUUUGGGUCUCUUUUUUGCUUCUAAAUAAAAUCAAAGAAAACGUCACCAUACACAAGGAUGAUGAUUCGAUCUAAAGCACCCCUAUGUAUAAUGUACUGUAAAAUAAGUGAACAUGGUUUCUCUCUCUCUCUCUCUCUCUCUCUCUCUCUCUCGAUCUCUUUUAGACGAGGUGUUCAUAAAAUUCAGCAUUGUCGUGGUACUGUGAACCGUUCAAGAAAAAAAGAAAUAAAAUGAAAUAAGUGCACAUGUAUAAUAGGGCUGUAAGUAGUGAUGCAAUGACAAAUACAUUAAAGGAA